AUGUCUGCUAGAUCGGCAAAGGGUCGUGCAGACUUGGUUGAGGUGAAGGAGAGGAACGCCGAGCUGGAGUCCCAGGUCGCCGAGCUCAAGGGCAUUCUUGCUCUUAAGGAGAGUGGCCUUGAGCGGAGUGAAGCCGAUCUUGCCUUGGCUCGUUUGGAUGCCGACUCUCGUGGUGCUGAGAAUGAGAGGCUGAAGUCGAAGAUUGCCGAGCUUGAAAGGCGAUCGGCGGAUGAAGCCAAGAGGACGGAGUCGCUCUGGAAUAAAGUUCGUCAGGCGAAGAGGGAGACGGUCGAUAUCUUCUGGCCUCGUUUGAAGAAGGUUAAAACCUUCCUUGCCGAUCAGGACCGGAUGAAUCCUCGCGUUCUGACUCUGAAUCAGGCGGUUGCCGUUCGUGACUCUUACGAGGCACUUAAGAGCCGGUGUCGCCGUUCCGCUGACUGGGUCAAGAAGUACCGGGUUGACGUGGAGCAACUUGAAGCGGAGAUCGACCAAGAGGAGGUGGUGACGGCGGACGAGCUUGAGCUGGAGUUCGGCCCUUUGGCGGAUGAGGUUGCUAAGCUGGAUGCUGGCACUUCUUGUCAAUUCGUGCCAUCCGAGUAUUGA